AGCGGAGGCUGAACAGUCCGAGCGCUAUUAUACCCGCGACUCUGGACUAGACCAGCCGGCCGGACAGCGGCGCCGCUGCCAAAUCGCGAUAAAGAAAUGUUUCUAAAAGUUUAAAACGGGCCGUAGUUUAAUAAUCCAUAUCAGAAAACUUUAAUACAUUGAUAGAUUUUAAUUAGCCGCUAAUUUAAUUUGACAUUUUACCUGAGAAAAACACAAAGAAGCUGAAUUUUUUGCAUCAUUACUGGAUUAACUCGUAAAGAUGAAGCCCCGGAUUCUACUGACCGUUUUACUGAUGUUCGUCUGUUCAUGUAUAUGUUAUGGCUCAGAGCUGGCUUUCCUGGUGGAGCCCAGUGAUGUUAUCGCUGUACGGGAGAGACCACUCAUGCUAGACUGCAAGGUGGAGGGAGAGGGUCCCAUCACUAUUACCUGGCAUAAGAAUGGGGAAGCAGUGCUCACUGGUUCUCGCAUGAAAGUUAUGUCCAAUGGCACGCUGCUGAUCCGGAGCUUCCAGAAGAGACGAGAUGGAGAUUCCACUGAUGCUGGAGAAUACCACUGUGCUGCACAGAACCGCUACGGCAUGCUGGUCAGCCGCAAGGCCCGCGUCAUGCUCGCAUCUCUUCCUAAGUUCCACACCCAUCCUGAGUCUAUGACUGUGGAGGAGGGAGGUGUGGCUCGUUUUCAGUGCCAGGUAAAUGGCAUUCCAGAAGCUAACAUCACCUGGGAGAGAGACCGCAUGGCCAUCAGCACAUUAGACAACAGGUACACUCUCCUCCCCAUGGGCAUCCUGCAGAUCACAGGAGCGAAAAGGUCAGAUGCUGGAGUGUACCGCUGUGUAGCCACCAACAUUGCUAACACCCGCUACAGUCAUGAGGCCCUGCUUAACAUCACUGGAGGAGCUCCACGCAUUUACAAGGAACCCGUUAUCCUCUCUGGCCCUCAGAAUCUCACCAUCACUGUUCACCAGACAGCCAUUUUGGAGUGUAUUGCCACCGGAAAUCCAAGGCCCAUUGUGUCUUGGAGCAGACUGGAUGGAAGGUCCAUUGGUGUGGAAGGUAUUCAGGUUCUGGGCACAGGCAACCUGAUGAUCUCUGAUGUGUCCCUGCAGCACUCUGGAGUGUAUGUAUGUGCUGCCAAUCGCCCUGGCACCAGGAUGAGGCGUACGGCUCUGGGCAGGCUGGUAGUUCAAGCCCCUCCCGAGUUCCUCCAGUGGCCACAAUCUGUAUCCAAACCAGCAGGAGGCAGUGCUGUGUUCACCUGUGUAGCUCAAGGAGUCCCUGAACCUCACCUGAUCUGGCUCAAGAAUGGCAAGAUCCUCACACCUGGAGACAACGUCAAACUCACCAACAACAACAGUACUCUGGCAGUGACACGUAUCACAUCUGAAGAUGAGGCCAUCUACCAGUGUAUAGCCGAGAACAGCGCAGGAACUAACCAGGCGAGCGCUCGCCUCGCUGUGUCUCUGGGCAAAGAGCUGCCCGACUCUCCUCAGGGCCUGAAAGCCACAGCUCUGUCCAAAACCACCCUGCAGCUCUCCUGGGUCCAGCCUCCCACUGAGGUCACAGACAGCAUCAUCGGAUAUGUGCUGCACAUCCGCAAAAUUGGAGAACCAGACAGUAAAGAGCUGCAGGAAGCUGUCAGCAAGACCACCUACCAGCAUGACCUCACCAACCUGGAGCCUGCCAACACCUACUCCAUCUAUCUAAAGGCCUACUCACCACUGGGAGCGAGUCAGGAAUCCAGCACUGUGGUUGCUACAACACUAGGGGGCGUUCCCACUCCACCUGCGUUCUUCACUAAAGUGGUGAAUGUCACAUCAGUGCAAGUCCUGUGGGAGCUGCCCAACAAACCUGGCAAAGUGGAGGGCUUCAGACUGUCCUACCGCAGGGUCCCCCACGGAGAGUUCCAGGGUCCAGUUCAGAUGUCCUGCCACACUAAUGCCUACACUGUUGGACAACUUGAUGCUGGUGCUGUGUAUGAAGUCAAAUUGGUGGCCUACAAUGGAAACGGUGAGAGUGACUGCUCCAAGAGACUGGUGUCACUGGCUGAAGAUGGAACCACUGCUAAAACCAGCGCAGGAGAGGAGAGUCUGUGUAAUUGUAAGGACAGUGACGGAUCACUGGGGGGAAUAGUGGUGGGAGUCCAUAUUGGUAUGGCCUGUAUCAUCUUCUGUGUGCUCUUCCUCAUGUUCGGAUAUCGCCGCAGUUUUCUCUGCAGGAAAGGCACUCAGGACAGCUGGUCUGUUCCUAGAGCAGAAGAUGGAGGACACCAUACUCAGAAUAAUGGCAUUCCCAAACAUGGAGUGACACAUCCGACUCAAGCCAUUGAACUAGUGUCUCAGGGUCAAAACCAGGCUCGCCCAGCGCAGUGCCAGGUUCUCAUAGAGCAGCAUACAGCAAAUCUACCUGGCACAGGUGCGGGCACUGGCUAGCACUGGCUCUAAUCCCAUUACUCCAGCUCUCCGCCUCCCUGUGUGGUCUCUCCACUCGGCCUGCCCACCAAAGCCCCCCUUAAACCCCUCUUUUAAACAUGUCUGGUUUAUCUGAAAACAACACAAAUCUGCUGCUAAUGAUGAAGAAGGGCUAACCUGACUGACCUCUUAACAGGUCUCAGAGUAACUGUUCACUGAUAGUAGUAGAUGAUUAUUCUGCACUAAUAUGAUGACAAGAAUUCAUUUACUUUUUUUAAUUCUCUGGACCAAAGUGUAAUGCCUUGAAGAUCUGUGUGUCAGUGUGUUAUCUGCACAUUCACACAGACCAACCAAAUGAUCGCCUUAGGACGUCAUGGUGCACACCACAUUAUAUUAUAACAGCUAGUAAGUCACUUACUGAGAGCUUUACUUCAAUUUCCUGGGGUUCACAAACUUGCUGGUGCAUCAAGUUUGAUGUUUAUAAAUUUGUAGAGUCUCCCCUUUUGGUUGCAUCUUAUCGCAAUCAAAGCUCAUGUGUCACUUACAUGCAGAGUUAUUAGACUGUAAAUAAGGAUUAGGAUUUUCAUCAUGCCCCAAUGCCUGAUUUGUGCCUGAGUGUUGCUCCAAGUUUAUUUUGAUGGCUGCAUUUAAAGGCCAUUCCCUAAUUAUUAUCUAUUUUUUGGGGAUUUCCUGAUUGUCCAUUGGUCAGUUUUUUAUUUAAAACACAGACAGAAUUCAUAAUUUACACAAAUUACUGCACUGUUUUAUCUCAAAUAUUUAUUUAAAAAAAACAGGAACUUUAUGGACAUUUUAAAAUUUACGAACUCCAGAGGUUUAACCUUUGUUUGCACCAAAGCAAACAAAACCAGAAAACCAAAAUCUAGCUAUGUUUUAAUAUCAGAGGACUUUCUGCUCAUACCAAAUUCUCCCUUUAGCAAAGUGUCCUCUGGUAAUAAGAUGUUCUAUUCUAGAUAACACAAAUAAGUUUAUAUUCUUGGCUUUAAUAGAGCAUCUGUGCUCUCCUAGCAUUGUGCCAAAUAAGCUAGCCACACUGUGAUUAGCUACAGUAUUUGCUGUUGUUUAAACCAAUAAGGAACAGAGGAAGCAUGUUCCUGUCUUUAGCCUUAUUCCAAAAUAAUACAAGUUGCCUUGUGGUUGUGUGAGUCUGAAUGAAUUGAUAUAGAUGUUAUUAUAUACUCUUCACCUGACUAGCCUCGAGGCAGGCCGACAUGGAGAGAUCAUAAAGGCGAUAGAGCCCCAUCCCAACCUUCCCUUCCCAGAACAUUUCCCCUUUCCUAUCUGUAGUAGGAACCCACCAAAAGCUAUAUACCUCCAAAGACAGCUACCUCACAAUGUAUGAGCCAUUGUUGCUAGCAUUAGCUUGCUGCUGUUUUAUCAAGCCUACCUCAACCAAAAAUAUAAAGAUUCUGGGCUGCAUUUAUCAAACAUCUCUUGGAGUAGAUGAGUCCUGACCUAGGAUCAGUUGUCUUGCGAGGACUGUGAUUAAGUGAAUUGGAGGUGCUGAUAUCUAAUCAGUGCUCUCACUCCGCUCUGAGAAGUCUGAUAAAUGGGCCCCAUCUGUUAAGCUCCACACACACACACUGCUUUCGCUGGAGCCAGUGUCGAUGUCAGUGCCCGCGCCCAUGCCAGUGCCAAGCCACCUCCAGAACCUGCACUCGGAAUGCCCACCUGGUAACCUCCAUGAAGAGUUUGACCCUGGUUUGACACAUCAGUGCUGCUAUAUACCUUCGACCCAGCUUUGAUCGAGCUACAGUUCAUUACAGCUGAGGGAAAACCCAUAGGUGAAACCUCCAUCUCGGAUUCCCAUUAACCCCCCGGCUGAUUUGUGUCACUGAAUGAUCAUCAUCCUCCAAGAUCCUUCACUAAAGCACAGAUGAGCACAGAUGAGCACAGAUGUCAAUGGUGAAAUAGUACCUCCAUUGCAUUAUCCCUCUGACAGCGUCUUGGAUUCUGUCAAGACCCAGAUUUGACAAAAUCUCCUGUCUAGUUUACCUGCCUCCAAAGAAAAAGACAAAACGGGAUAAUGUAGACCCAGACAGGAGUAUUAUUGCAAAGAGAUUCAUCCCAAAUAAAGAAGAGAUUGCUACACUGGAAUGGAAUGCUUCAUAGAAAGUAUGGACCCCAAAGAAUUCAUCAUUUCCGCUAGGAAAUGAAACAUUCUGGCCUUUCUAUGGAGUCUUCACCUUCCAACGCCAUGAAACCAUGAUCUCAGAAUCCCUCAUGUGUCUCACUUCCAUCCCACCACACCAGAGGAUGCUUAAUGAUCCAAAGCUUAACACUAAGCUGAUCCAAAGUCCAAGAGGUCAAGCCAAACAGGUCGACUCUUCAGAUGCCAAAUUGGUUUCGGUGGAACUUGCAGAUGCAGUGAGGUGAAGGUUGAGAUUGCUUGGCGCUCACUGAGAGGAUGCAGCACUCCAGCAUGCUCUCUGGGCAUGGCACCAUUCAACAUUCCACAAACAUGCUGAAAAAUAGCUUUCGACAUGAAGAAGAAACAUGCUUAAUGAUAUCCAAAGAUGUAAAAUUAAAAUGGUUUUUGUUCGUUUUCUCAUCCAAAACCUUCCUUUAAGAGAUAAACCCACACCAUUGUGUUGAAAUGUUUUCUAAAGUUCCUGUUGCCAGAGGAAGUCAUCGUGAAGUCAAAGUGCUUUAAAUGAAGUAAACCAAAAGCUUCAUACCAAAUUGCUGCCUUUAAAUGAGGAUGCCUGAAAAAGCCUUGAUUGACAGUAAGUGUCAGUCUAUGAUAUCCUCGUUCUGACUUCCUGCUGUGUACGUGGAACUGUCACGUUUUGUUUGAAUAUACAGUUUAACUUUUUAAGAAUAACCAAAAUGAAAAUGGGAUAUAUUUUCACUGAGAUUUUCUAUGUUGAUACCAGAGAGGGAUCCGUCCGGUCCUCUCAUUUUGAUAGUGUUGAAAUUGCCAAAUAAGUAGACUAAUAAUAAUGAUGUAACCAAAUACCUUGUAACUAUUUUAACAUUCAUAGUCUUUAUCUUUUGUAACAUUCCCUUAACCAAAGCACAGAAACAUGCGUGUAUGUACAUUAUGCAUGUAUGGCGGUGUGUGAUAUGAACUGUAUAUGUAUGUGUAUGUAUAUGUUUGUGUGUUCUGUGACUGGAUAACAGUUAAAUGGUCAAACCUUGGGCUAGUAGUGGCCACAUGUCCUCAUAAGAUUACCUAACGAAACAGAUUCAAGGGAACUACUUUUGUACAGUAACUCAAGAAUGGAACCAAAGAACUUGACUGUUUUAUAGAUCUUUUGCAGAAGCUUACAAGUAGGUACUGUAAAGUUUUGAGAGUCCAAUCCUGGUACGUUUUUUUUAACUAAGACCUGAAUAAUAGGCUGUUUUUUGCACCAGUUGCAGGAAACAGACCUGCUUUUCUAAAGACGCCCUACUACGCUCCAGGGUUGCCUCUACAAACCUCAAUGAAUGUUAAAUGUUUAUCCACGAUGCCUGCAGCUUUAACUGUCUUCCACAGACUUUACCCCUGUCCUAUUUCCUUUUCUGAAUGAAAGAAGUGAAGCAGAUUGAUACCAAAAGAAAAAAAAGAGUUUUUAGGAGGAUUUUUGGAUGAUUUGUAUCUGUAUAGCAGGAUUUGUCCCGUGGUAGACCAUAGAUUUGAAAUGCUUGUUCUUUUUGUAGAACUUACUUUCUUUUCUACCUUUUAUUCCCACAGUUUUGCAGUAUUUUCUGCAGCUCAGUGAAAAAAUGAGCCAGAAACCAUUUUAUUUGCAUUUUGUUCACAGUGUUAUUACUGUUAAUAUUUUAAUUAUUGAUAUUAUUAUUGAUGGUUUAUUUUUUUUCCUUCUCUUUUGUUUGUAAUAGAAGUGGAGGGACUUUCUGAAAAUAUUUGUUAGAAACCUGAUAAAAUAUCAGUGGGUCAAAGAAUUUUCAAACCAAACGUAUAACCAAAAUACAGCAGCACAAUGAUCAUUAUUUAAAAGCAAUAUUUAACAUAUCUGUUCCUUGAUCCAAAUUGAGGAUACAAUAGAACAGAAUUUUACCAAUGCUUUCCUGCACAAUUUAUAUUUUUGACCCACUGGUUAGAAAAAAAAAGUAGAAAAACAAAGACUGUAGAGAAAAAACAUUCAUAGAUAGAGUGAAUUAAUUAAGAGAAAAACAAUGGUUUAACAUUUGCUUUCUUUUUCUUUGUGUCAUUGAAAACUAAACCGAAAAAGCUUUAACCAUUUUGAGACCGAGGUCUCGAACCAAAAAGAAGGACAGUGAGAGAGAGAGACGGGUGUAAAAGUAAAAGUCGAUCAUAAUCGAGAGGCAGGUCGUUUUUUAUUGUGCUGUAUGUAGCAGAUCAGCAGUGGUAGGACAGAUUGGCAAGACAGAGAAAACUAAGCCAUCCUUCUCACCCUGAGAGCCGGGUCAAUUAACCUAUACGUGCUCUGCCCAUAAAUGAGUAGGUAGCAACUGUUGAGAGGUUGGACAACCUUUACAAAAUGUUGUCAGAAUGAGAAAUGGUUGUGCAUGACUUUAGAAAAAAAUAGAGAUAUUUAUUUAUUUUGUAUGCGUGUGUAAGUUAAGUUAAUAAUUAUGAUAGAUUGCCGUAUUGGUUUAGUCACUAUUCUAACUGAAAAUAUGAGAAUGGUGACAAAUCCAAUGCUUGUUCCAACUUGACUAGAUUAUAUUAUAUAUGACAUAGUAGGCCAGUACCGUGCUGUCACAAAACCUCGUAUCUCCAUUUUUGAAAUUUUAGACUUUUUGACAAAAUGUGAAAUGAGGUGUUUUUUACAUUGUGUCAAAAUUGUAAUGAUAAAGAUGGAACCAAAUUAAAUGCUCCAAAGUAAACUUGAAUUAAAUCAGUUUACAUUAACUUUCAUUACAAAUUAAGCUCUUCUUCUAUAAAAUUUACAUUUUAGAAAUAUGGUUAUAUGGUUUAAAGAAACAGAGAUACAUUAUAAGGUUUUGGCCCAACAGAAAAAUUUAUAUACUAUGUUGAGUAGAAGGAUUUUAAGUAGUGAAUCUGAACUGAACAGUAAACUAAAUAAAGUGAAAUUGGAUUUUCGUUUAUGUCUGGUAAAGCUUUUCCAACCUCACAACAGUUGCUGCUACCAGAAUGCAUUAGCUCCCUUUUGGAUGGAUUAAUUAUUUGACUAACUGAUUCUGGACCUACAUUCACAUAUUGAUAUGGCAUUUCAUGGAUCAUAUUAAUAGGACCCAACCCUCUUAACCAAUGACAUUAAUACACUCAUAAUGAACGUGCUGCAAGAUAUACUUUGAGGGAUGGCUACAGAAGAAUCACUUUUCAUUGUGAUGAUUGUAAAAGAGAUCUGUGAGUGAUUUAAAAACCUUCACCUUAAAAAUGUUCUUAAUCACAGAUCUUAUUUUCCAAACAUGCGUUCUGUCAUUGCAGAGGAACCCUAAGUAGCAUCUUUAUUUGUAACAGUGCACUCGAGAGCCCAUCUGCCUGUGAGAUGUGAGAAGAAUGAAUAUGAGAUGUCGAAGAGAAUAGGAUUCACAUCAAUCUGACUGAUAUUAAAAGCUCAUUUGCCAGAGUUCUCUAAUUGGCGUGGCAACAGAGGCGGAUCGAUUGUGCCAACGUACAGAUCCAUAAGGAAAAAGCGUGCGCUUGCCCGUCUUUCCUUCCUUCAAUUAUCUAGCUGUCUUUUCACAGGCUGAGGAAGAGGUUUCUGUCUCACACACUCUCACACACUCCACAGCAACAUCAGUGAACCUGUAGUAUUAUAUCACUUGUUAAGAGAAGCCAAUUUAAACCUAAAUUAAUCCAAAUUUAACCUCAUUUCUUUUGCCUAGCUGCUUGAUCUUUUUGAUUGUGGUGACUUGUAUGAUGGCACUGUCUCUACUUACUGUUUUUCCUUAUGUGUUCUAAAUUCACAGCCAAAAUACCAAAUAAAAACAAAGAACAAGAA